AUGAUAAAAAGAUAUAUAAGAACUAAGAUUAUAACUAGUUUAAGUAAAUAUAAAUGUUAUAACAUCAGUAAUGAAAAAACUUCAAAAUGUUGGCCAAAUAUCGAUUGUAUUGAUAAAGAGGAAGAAAAUAUAACAAAAAAGAGUGAAAAGGAAAAGAAAAAAACUAUACCUUAUUACAAAAAUUAUAUUCAUGAUUUUUAUAAUAGACAAUUAAUGCAUAAUUUACAUCUAAUCGAAAUGAAUAAAAUGAAUAAAUUAAGAAAUUUUAAAAUGCCAAAAAUUCAUGCUGGUGAUUUAAUUGAGGUUAAAUAUGAAUUAUCAAGAUCACAACAAACUUUCGCUAUAUUUCAAGGAUACUGUGUAGAAAUAAGAAAAAAAAGGUUAGACUCAUCGUUUAUUGUAAAAAAUAUAUUUGAUGGAGUAGGAGUAGAACAAUUAAUUCCAUUUUAUUCACCAAGAAUAUUAUAUGUUAAAAUUGUGAAAAGUUUAUAUAAUUUAAAUGAGGAAAAUAUGAAAAAAUAUUAUCAAAUUAAUAAACCGAUAACAAGAGAUUAUAGAUAUAUGUGGCAAUAUAAUUUUCGAGGAAAGUAUGAGAGACCAAGAGGACAACAUAAACCAGGUAUUAGAUCCAUUGAACCAAAAAUAAGAAGAAGAUUAGCUAAGUUAAAAAAAAAAUAUAUGAAAAGAAGAAUUGAAAGUAACUUAUCUUCUUACAUUUUUGGUGGCAUUUAUUCACAAUAUACUAGAAAAAGAACAAGAUUAGUAAGAGCAGAAAUAUAUAGAAGAAUGCUUAUUUAUGCUUUAGAUGAAGAAAAUAGAAGAAAGCAAAAGUUACAUAAAAGAAGAGAGAAGGAAAAGUGGAAUAAUUUUAAAAUAAAUAGAAACAAAGGAGAUAAUGCCUUUAUGGCUAUUCCUGCAAAUCAUCCUCUUAAUAGUAAUCGUAAAUCAUGA